CGAGUGUCUUCGUAUGUGAACCUUUCCUCGUAGCCGAAGCUGAGAAUUCUACUCAAAAUUCCAGCAGAGCUCCCUCUCUCUCUCUCUCUCUCUCUCUCUCUCAUGGCGACUCUCUCGCCCGAGCCCAUUCUCGAGCCGACGAGGAAGAAGCCAAACCCCGGGCGAGGCGGCGUGGUUUGGCAGGGGCUGACCGAAGAAGAAGCUCGGGUCCGGGCCAUCGCCGAGAUCGUCAGCGCCAUGGUCGAGCGCUCCCGCAACGGCGAGACCGUCGACCUCAACGCUCUCAAGUCCGCUGCCUGCCGCAAGUACGGUCUCUCCCGCGCUCCGAAGCUCGUUGAGAUGAUUGCCGCCGUCCCUGACUCCGACCGCGAAUCCCUCCUCCCCCGACUCCGCGCCAAGCCCGUCCGCACCGCCUCCGGCAUCGCCGUCGUCGCCGUCAUGUCCAAGCCCCACCGCUGCCCCCACAUCGCCACCACCGGCAACAUCUGCGUCUACUGCCCUGGUGGCCCCGACUCCGACUUUGAGUACAGCACGCAGUCCUACACUGGCUACGAGCCCACCAGCAUGCGUGCGAUCCGUGCCCGAUAUAACCCAUAUGUUCAGGCUAGAAGCCGAAUAGAUCAGCUGAAGCGGCUAGGUCACAGUGUUGAUAAGGUUGAGUUCAUCUUGAUGGGAGGUACUUUCAUGUCAUUGCCAGCAGAGUAUCGUGAUUAUUUUAUACGAAAUCUUCAUGAUGCUCUAUCAGGACACACUUCUGUCAACGUUGAGGAGGCUGUGCGCUAUUCAGAGCACAGUGCAACAAAAUGUAUCGGCAUGACUAUUGAGACGAGGCCUGAUUAUUGCCUUGCGCCUCAUUUGCGCCAAAUGCUUUUGUAUGGUUGUACACGACUAGAGAUAGGAGUUCAAAGCACAUAUGAAGAUGUUGCCCGAGACACAAACAGAGGGCACACUGUAGCUGCUGUAGCUGAUUGCUUUUGCUUGGCAAAGGAUGCUGGUUUUAAGGUUGUUGCACACAUGAUGCCUGAUCUUCCAAACGUUGGUGUUGAGAGAGAUUUGGAAAGUUUUCGGGAGUUCUUUGAGAGCCCAUCAUUUAGGGCAGAUGGUCUUAAAAUCUAUCCCACGCUUGUUAUUCGUGGAACUGGGCUGUAUGAGCUUUGGAAAACUGGCAGGUAUAGAAAUUAUCCUCCGGAGCUUCUUGUGGACAUAGUAGCAAGGAUCCUAGCCAUGGUACCUCCUUGGACACGUGUAUAUAGAGUACAAAGGGACAUCCCUAUGCCUUUAGUUACUUCUGGAGUUGAAAAAGGAAAUCUCCGUGAGCUAGCUCUGGCUCGGAUGGAUGACUUGGGCUUGAAAUGCCGUGAUGUUAGAACGCGUGAAGCUGGAAUUCAGGACAUUCAUCAUAAAAUAAAGCCAGAAGAGGUGGAGCUUGUUCGCCGUGAUUAUGCUGCUAAUGAGGGUUGGGAAACUUUUCUCUCUUAUGAAGAUACACGCCAGGAUAUUCUUGUUGGAUUGUUACGCCUGCGUAAAUGCGGCCGGAACACAACAUGCCCAGAACUCAUUGGAAGGUGUUCAAUUGUUCGUGAACUCCAUGUUUAUGGAACUGCAGUUCCUGUGCACGGUCGCGAUGCUGACAAACUGCAGCAUCAGGGUUAUGGGACACUCUUGAUGGAAGAGGCGGAGAGGAUCGCUCGUAGGGAGCAUAGAUCUACAAAGAUAGCUGUGAUUUCUGGUGUUGGAACUCGCCAUUACUAUAGGAAAUUGGGCUACGAACUUGAAGGGCCUUACAUGGUGAAGUAUCUCAUGUAAUCUAUGCUAUUAUCACAAUUUUGUAGCCGAUUUUUCAGUGAGAAAUGUAGUUUUAUUUUAAUUAUAACCUUUUGUAUAUUAUUAAUUAUGCUCGCCUCCCAAAAAAAAAAAAAAAAACUGCUCCCUGUUUGAAUUUAA